AAACCCAGGGAAAAGAAACCGCCCAUCACACACCCCAGCUCACCAGAGGAGGAAAUUUAUAACCUCGGGAGGCAGGUCCCUCCCCUCACUGCUCUCGCCUACCUCCAGGAGAGCGGACCGGGCAGCUGCCAGCUAGGGCCACUUGCGGUGUCUGCCUCCGUCCUCGCUGGAAGUAAAGAACUCUCUUCACUAACGAGUCACUACAAAAGGCAAGAUGUUGGUAUUGCUGGCUGGUAUUUUUGUGGUCCACAUCGCCACUGUUAUUAUGCUCUUUGUUUGCACCAUUUCCAAUGUGUGGGUGGUUUCUGAUGGGAUCAAUGCAUCUGCAGGCCUUUGGAAAAACUGUACUGGAGGUGAAUGCUCUAGCCUGUUAUAUAGAAACCAAGAUGCCCUUAAGAGUGUGCAGGCCUUCAUGAUCCUCUCCAUCAUCUUCUCCGUCAUCUCCCUCGUGGUCUUCGUGUUUCAGCUCUUCACCAUGGAGAAGGGAAACCGGUUCUUCAUCUCAGGGGCCACCAUGCUGGCAUGCUGGCUGUGCAUUCUGAUCGGAGCGUCCAUCUACACUGAUCGUUACGCCAAAAAGAACCAGAACUUUCUCUCCGGCCACCACCAUGGUUACUGCUUCAUCCUGGCAUGGAUUUGCUUCUGCUUCAGCUUCAUCAUUGGUGUUCUCUAUCUGGUCCUGAGGAAGAAAUGAGGCUGAACUAAUGUCUAGGGAUAUCUGGGGGGUGGGGAGGAAGAAGCAGUCAAAUCUGGGAGGGGAGUGGAAGACAUUGUGUAGGAAAAACCAAGAAAAGAGAGGGGGUUGGGGAGGGGGAAGGAAGAGCGGGAGAGGCCCAAACCCAAACUGUUCCCGGGGAGAUUCUCUACUGUCCAGCGCCCGCCUGGGGAGAAGGUCAUCAGCUUGUGCUUUGAUGCUCCCAUGUUGCAGUCAGAGAACCUCCGUGCAGCUACCAGACUUGGCCACCAGCUGCCCUCAGUUACAUGCACAGCCUGGGGCCCCAUUAGCUGCCACACCACUGGCUCCAAUUCUGAGAGUGAAUUCUGAGUCACACGCUGAGGUCUUGCAGACCUGCUGCACCAAGUACAAAUAGCAAAUAACGGUACAAGUUCUGGUAAGAGCAGAUCCUGUCUCUGGGCUGACUAUGCUAAGCCUGGAAGCCAUCUUACCUUCCAACCCAAGGCAAAACACCACAUUCCUUUCUGAAGUGCCUACAGGAGGGCUUUGGCCAGGGAGCCACUAUGCUUCUGUAGAAAAGGUAUUUAGCUCCAUGGAAUUCAGUGGCAUCUGUGACAAAAGGGGAGGCAGAGAGAUAAUUUAUAAGGCCAAUUUGGUCGGUUAGCUAAACCAAGAAAGAGAACUUUUGCCCACAGAAGGACUGGGGAGGGGCAGAGCCCAGCCAGACCUCACAGCAGUCCUUCACUGGGACUUCUUGUGGAUGCUGUCAGGCUCUAGCUUAAAGCCAAGGCAGCUCUUCUGGAGUUUCUCUAGAGCCACUAAUGAGCAACUCAGUAGUGAAAGCACUACAUAAACUGUAAGAGCAAGAGGCACUCUUAACAUAGCACUAUGUUCGAGUUAUGUUUUUAGAAUUCCCCUCAAUGAGUCAACAUUUCUUAUAAGUUAUCUAACAAGAGAGAGAUGUGACAUGAUUCCGUUACUCUUCCUCUGGAUUAGAACUUUUGAGGAAGUUUUAUCUAAUUACCCACUUUGGGGAUUAGGGCUUCUAGACUCAGUGAUCACUCACAAUUUGACACUGGCUACAGUAGUGACUUCUCAGAGGGCCUGCCCCCUCCCCAGGUGAGGGCUCGACAAUUUAGGAAGCUAAUUAAAACACACACAAAACAAAACCAGUCACCAGGUCCUUGGAUGAAAGGUGCUAUAUAAUUGAGAAGUAUUAAGCAUACCAUAUUUCAGUCAUGAGAAAAACAGAGUGCUUGUUCCUAGGUGGGGGAGAAGCCCACGAAAGGAAUAAAAAUACAGUUGAUAGGCAGAUAAUUUCUUCUAAAAAGUACCAAAAACUGUUGGGGUACCUGGUCAGGCCAUAUUUGAGCUGUCUGUGGCCGCAGGAGCCUUUCUCUGUAGGACUUAGAAGUCUUUGCUAUUCCUGGUGCAGCAGGCAGCUCUCCACCCUGGAGCAGCUAUUUUAAGCCAUCUCAGAUUCUGCCAAUAGGGGUCUUUGGUGGAAGGCAUUCCCUUUAUUGUCUGUAGAUCUACCCCGGGAAGAAUCUGAGAUAUCUUGCCUACUUUUCUUCCUUUAGCUUCCUCAUCCAUUUCUUACAUACUUUUCUUUCUUGGGGAGUUGUUGUACCAUAAUUGCUGGUAUUUAUGUAAAGGGACUGUUUGCUAAGUAUAUUUCUUUAUGCUUAUUCUGGUUAAGGGAAUAUUGAGGCAAGGCUCUGUAUUACCUGGGCUGAGAGUAGAGAUUGACCAGAAAAGAAACCAUGGGGUAAAGAACUUUUAAAAUUAUGAUUUGAUUAUCACAUGAUUAUAUAAGGCUGUAUUAUGGGCAAAAGCAUACCUACAUAUCAGAUAUAUCCAAAGAGAUACUCUCAUUUUGUUAAGAAGUUCAAUUAUGACUGGAGUGAACCAUAUAUUCCCUUGUCUUUUACUUUUUCUUCUGUGACAUUUAUGUCUCAUGUAAUUUGCAUUACAUUAGUGGGAUGUUCUAGUACUGUAUUUGGCUUCUUCAUUAAUAGAUUAUUUCAUAUACUAUAAUUGUAAAUAUUUUGAUACAAAUGUUUAUAACUCUAGGGAUAUAAAAACAGAUUCUGAUUC